UGCUGCUGGACGCCGGGAGGAGGAUGCCUGUCAGCGAAUAGCCAGGGAGGAGAAAUCGAUCGAUGCAGGAUGGAUGGUCGCCUUUUCGCUGUUUCUGAAAAGGACAGGAAGUCGACUUUCUAAGGUGAGCUCUUGGGAGGCGGAAAACAUCAUCCUGGGAGGAGACGCCAAUGUGGUUUGGGACGAUUUCAUGGACAAAUCAGCUCAUUCCGAGAACUGCAAAGAGAUAUGGGGAUUUGGAAAAAGCUCCUUUGAAUACUGAGUUGGAAGCAAGCAACAUGCACUUCCUUUCCUGUCCUGUAAAGGUUCAAAAUCAAGUCUUCUUAUCCUGAAUGUGUUUAGAAGCCAUCUUAAUAUGAAUUUUUAGUUCCAGUACUGUCAGAUGGGCAUUCAAAAAGAUGUCGGUCUGCAAGAAGCAGUCUGCUAUGACUGUGCCCGAUAAAGAGAGAGGGGAAGUCAUUGGAGAGCCACCUCAACAUUCAAGAAAAAAUGGCUGGAGUGGGCCCUUGCACCUGUUGCAGCUUGUUGCCUGGUGCACAUUUCUCUUUUUCGCUGUUAUAGGAUUUGGAAUCUUAGUCCCUCUUUUGCCACAGCAUUGGUUGGCAGCCGGUUACAUUUGUACUGGAGUAAUGUUUACUUUCCACUGUGUUGUCCACUUUCUGGCUGUUACUGUUGAUCCUGCUGAUGACAAUGUUCAGGCCAAGGAUUCUUUUGGGCCUCUACCAGUAUUUGAUCGCAAUAAGCAUGCUCAUGUGAUUGAAAACAUGCAUUGUUAUAUCUGUGAGGUGGAUGUGGGUCCCAAGUCAAAGCACUGCAGUAUAUGCAAUAAAUGCGUCAGCAAUUUUGAUCACCACUGCAAAUGGUUAAAUAACUGUGUGGGAGGAAAAAACUACUGGCUAUUUUUCAAUUGUUUGAUUUCUGCGUUUUUGGGCACAUUUCUGCUCAGCACAAUAUCAACAUAUGUGUUUGUUGAAUAUUUCGUUGAUCCAGCCAUGUUAAGAACCAGCAAGCAGUUUGAAGCAAUACAGAACCUCUCUGACGUCUGGUUUGUUUUCCUUCCCGCUGCCCCAGUGGAGACAAAAGCCCCGGCAAUACUUGCCUUAGCAGCAAUAGUAUCUGUCAUGGGACUCAUCACAAUAUUGCUAAUUGGACAAUUGCUUUGCUUUCAUGUCUACCUUUUGUGGAACAAACUCAGCACAUAUGAGUAUAUAAUGCACCAGCGACAGAAGCAAGAAAUUAAAUCAAACAGUCGGCAACAGGAAGAUGGUGAGAAGUUUUCAGCAGGCCGUCAUCCAAUGCAGGAGGAGCGUUUUGGAGGAAGUCUUAUUUAUACAAACCCAGAUGUUCAGAUAGAAGGUCCUUUAUCCGGAUCAUUGAAGAGAGAUCAUGACAAUAAUGCAGAUGGAAAUGUUGAGUCAAACGCACAGCCUUCAUUUCAUGUGGAGAAGAAGCCAAGAAAGAAGAAGAAAAAGAAAAGAAAAAAAUCUAACAGAGUUACACCAGAAGCUCCCAAAUGCCAGUCUAUUGAUGGCCAUAGUCCCCACGUGCUUUUACAACCACCUCCUGCAGAUCAUCCUGUAUCUCUUUCACCCUCCACUUUGGCUGUACCCGCUUUCUCAUCCCGUUUAUUACCUGUCUUGGCUCCCAUCAAUGGCCAUCUGAUCCAAGCUGCUGGUCCACCUGCGGAAUACCACUCCGACUCUGCAGAGUCAAUGGAGGAAAUUCCUGUGGCACAGACUCAUCUUGGAAGCUCUUCCAUGAGUGAAAAUCUCUUUUACAGCCAGCAAAAUCCCAUAGAAUUGGGUGUUAAAUUUGAACAGAGGCAAAGUUACCUGUUGCCACACACUACACAGCAGAAGUUUGAACUCCGUCCUAAAGUUCCCGCAAUUUUUGUUAGUGAGAGCAGCGGAGCACCUUUGGCCAAUGGACUUCAGGCAGAACCCAAAAAGCAGAACAGUCAUUCUGUGCAGUACAACAAAAUGUGGGUAGCAAAAGGUAAAGAAGGGGAGCAGGUUCUCUCCAUGUCUAAUGCAGAAUAUUUAACUAUAAUUAAAGGAAAUGCAUUAGCUUAAUUGUUCUUUUUUUAUUAAAACAUCUAACAUAUCCUUUAUUCUUAAUAAAAUACUUUUUAUACUGAA